CGCGUCUCCAGAGAGUGACGGCUUUUCAAAAUGGCGGCGUACACACUGCUCCGGAGCGGCGGGGGGAUUUUACACACUCUCAGGUCGUCCUUAAAGACUUUUACUCAUGUGCCGCAGAGCUGCGCCGCUUUACCGGGCUGUAAGGGUUCACCGAGCGGCCAGUGGAGGAGCUCAGGCCGGCUGUCGGUGCAGGAGAGGAUCGAGGAGAAGCGGAGCGCCGCGCUGAGGGGGGGCGGGGAGCAGAGGACGCAUGCGCAGCACAAACGGGGAAAGCUGACCGCUCGAGAGAGAGUCGCUCUGCUGCUGGAUCCCGACUCGUUCGUCGAGUACGACAUGUUUGUGGAACAUCGCUGUGCUGAUUUUGGAAUGCAGGCCGAUCACAACAAGUAUCCAGGUGACAGCGUGGUCACAGGACAGGGCCGUAUAAACGGUCGGCUCGUCUACGUCUUCAGCCAGGACUUCACCGUGUUCGGAGGGAGUUUAUCAGGAGCUCACGCCCAGAAAAUCUGCAAAGUGAUGGACCAGGCCAUGAUGGUUGGAGCGCCAGUGAUUGGGCUGAACGAUUCCGGCGGAGCGAGAAUCCAAGAAGGUGUUGAAUCUCUGGCAGGAUACGCCGACAUUUUCCUGAGGAACGUGUUGGCGUCCGGAGUUGUCCCUCAGAUCUCUCUCAUCAUGGGUCCGUGUGCAGGAGGAGCCGUUUAUUCUCCCGCUCUCACUGACUUCACUUUCAUGGUCAAGGAUACGUCGUAUCUGUUCAUCACAGGUCCUGAUGUGGUUAAAUCUGUCACUAAUGAGGAUGUAACGCAGGAGGAGCUGGGCGGAGCCAAAACACACACUGCUGUGUCAGGCGUGGCCCACAAGGCGUUUGAGAACGACAUCGAUGCGUUGCUGAACCUCCGGGAGUUUUUUAAUUUCCUGCCCCUCAGUAAUAAAGACUCGGCUCCGGUCAUAGAGUGUCACGACCCCAGUGAUCGCCUUGUUCCUGGACUUGACACACUCGUUCCCUUUGAGAGCACAAAGGCCUACGACAUGCUGGACAUCAUCCACAGUAUCGUAGAUGAACGUGAGUUUUUUGAAAUCAUGCCGAGUUACGCCAAGAACAUCGUGGUGGGAUUUGCCCGCAUGAACGGUCGCACAAUCGGCAUCGUGGGUAAUCAGCCUAAAGUAGCUUCAGGAUGUUUGGACAUAAACUCCUCAGUGAAGGGCGCACGCUUCGUACGCUUCUGUGACGCCUUCAACAUUCCCAUUAUCACCUUCGUCGAUGUUCCUGGAUUUCUACCAGGGACGGCGCAGGAGUACGGAGGAAUCAUCCGACACGGGGCCAAACUGCUGUUCGCCUUCGCAGAGGCAACGGUUCCCAAAAUUACAAUCAUCACCAGGAAGGCGUAUGGUGGAGCGUACGACGUGAUGAGCUCCAAACACCUGCGUGGUGAUGUUAAUUACGCCUGGCCGUCAGCUGAGGUGGCUGUGAUGGGGGCCAAGGGUGCCGUGCAGAUUAUUUUCAGGGGGAAGGAGAACCAGGCCGAGGCGGAGGCCGAGUACGUAGAGAAGUUUGCUAACCCUUUUCCUGCUGCUGUCCGAGGGUUCGUUGAUGACAUCAUCCAGCCGUCCACCACACGCAUGAGGAUCUGCAGAGACCUGGAGGUUUUGGCGAGCAAGAAACAAAGCAACCCGUGGAAGAAACACGCCAACAUCCCGUUAUAGCCCCGCCUACUGAGCACUACACACUCCGCCUCAGUGCACACACUGUCACUGUGGAUGAAAGAAUAAACACCUUGAACACA